AUGACCACCCCCGACUUCACACCCUUCACCACCACCCUCUCCACCCUCUUCUCCCAGACCGCGACCCUCCCCGCCGCCGACCUCGCCACCGCCGCCAUCGCCGCAACCCACGCCUUCUACCCCACCGUCGCCGCCGCCACCCCCGACACAAAACCCAUCGCCGUCAUCCGCCAGCUCAUCGACCACGUCUGGGCCGCCCUCAUCGACCAAGUCCGCGCCGACGGCGCCCACAACGAGAAGCUCGCCGACUUUGUCAAGCUCUAUUGGGACGGACUCGUCGCCUCUGCGCCGCAAGGAUGCCGCACACAGGACCUGGGUAGGUAUGAUGACCUCGACUGGAUCACUAUCGAUAACGCGCUCGGCGGCCCAUGCGAAGGCGGCGCCGCCUGCACCGGCGAGCACGAGACCCGCGACGACGGCGUCUACUGCACCAGCGACCGCACGCACAGCCUCAACGGCAGCUUCGAGGACCGCCGCAGGGCGUGGGUGUCGUACGUGCACUUCUGCGCGGUCCUGCUGGCGCGCGACAUGGUGAAUGAGCGUGGUGUGCUGCACCGCGCGACGCUGGGCGUGUUUGAGGGGGAGACGGCGGGCGGGUGGGAUUACCGCGGGAGUAAUGUGCUGGCGUUUGAGAAGGCGUUGGGGGUUGUUGGUGGGUUGUUUUGGGAGCAGGGGGGCAGCUGGUGGGAGGCGGGGAAGGGGAUGGGGGUGCAGGGGGAGGAGCUGGAGAAGAGGUGGGAGGGGUUUGCGGGUGUGUUGGAGGGGGUGGAGGGGGAUGCGGAGGGGGAUGCGGAGGAGGAUGAGGAGGUGAGGGAGGGUGCGGGGAGGGCGAGGGUGUUGUUGAAGGAGAUUAGGGAGGCAUAUGGAAAGAAGUAG